AGGACCACUGGUACUGGAACAGUUUCUGAGAAUAUAGUAGAACUAGAACAAAUCUUUUUCUUAUAUGACCGAAAAAAAUUCCGGAACCGGAUGAAAUACAAUGUUGAGGGAGCUUCUGAAGGGCAAAGGUCCCAUAACUCUUAGAAGCUUGUACUCAACACGAGCUCCGCCAUUCAACAUCAGAGAAAAGAACAAUCUAGCAUAUAAUUUUUUGUUGAGUCAACCUUGUUUUGUACAAGAACAAGUACGUCGAACUACAACAAGAAAAAAUCAGUCUCAUCCAUAUCACUUGUUCUUGAGUCAACUACAAAUAAGAACGAACGGCACAAUGACGGCUGCUGGUAGCACCUCGCCUGUACAGAGUCCGAAGGUCUCGAAGCCUCAUGUGUACCGGAGAUUGGAUUACAAACCCCCUGCGUAUUGGAUUCGACACGUGGACCUCGCUGUCCGCCUCCACAGUGCGGAAAAAACAGAGGUCCUCGCAACUUUAUGCUGCGAACGCAAUGCUGGAGCGGGGCAUAAAAGGCCGACGCCUUUAUUGCUGGAUUGCGAUGAGAUGUUGAACGUCGAAGAAAUUGCCGUCUCGACCUCUGCUGCAUCUUCUUCAACUCCACUGUCUUCGACCGGAGCGCAUCCCAACGAGCGGAAAAUCUUGUCGCCCCAUGUCGAUUACGCUUUUUCUGGCAAAGGGGAGGAAAGAAAACUGACGAUCCUCGAAUCCGAAUUGUCCUCUUCAGGAGAUGCCACGUCCACUUUUCAACUCCACACCAGGGUCACCUUUAAUCCAGAGGCGAAUAAAACCUGCAUGGGGUUGUACUUGUGCAAGUUGGCAGAUGGGAGUUCCUUGCACUGCACGCAGAUGGAGGCGGAAGGUUUCCGAAAAUUCUCGCCUUUUCCAGACCGACCCGACGUGAUGGCCAAAUACCGCGUACGGAUAGAAGCCGACAAGAUCUCGAAUCCGGUUUUGCUUUCGAACGGAAACUUAGUUUCAGAGGGCGCCGUAAGCGGAAAGAGCGACUGGCACUAUGCCAUCUACGAGGACCCGCACUCGAAACCGAGUUACCUCUUUGCUUUAGUUGCAGGCAAACUGGCCUACAUCGAGGAGAAACUAACCACUGCUUUCGUGAAGCGACAGGUGACCUUACGCGUCUACGCCGAAGAAGCAGUGAAGCACUUGCUGAGACACAGUUUAGACUCUCUUAUUCGCGCCAUCAAGUUUGACGAGCGCUUUUUUCACCUGGAAUACGAUCUCGACGUCUUCAACAUUGUCUUAAGGCUACUGCUGAAGCAUCCUCAACGCCGCCUUGGCUUCUUUUUCAAGGGGAAAAAGGUCUUAGGGAUGCUCCCAAGGAUGCGGCGCGGUAGCUCUAAUUGUCUCCGUGAAAGACUUCAACAUGGGCGCGAUGGAGAACAAGUCGUUGAACGUGUUCAACGAAAAGCUCAUCCUGGCAUCCCAGGACACCGCGACCGAUGUGGACUACGAAAGAAUAGAGUCUGUGGUAGCACACGAAUACUUUCACAAUUGGAGCGGCAACCGGGUGACCUGCAGGGAUUGGUUUCAACUGACUCUAAAAGAAGGCUUGACCGUUUUCCGGGACCAGAUUUUUUCGAUCAACGACGGCCUUUUCGGCGUAGCAAAAAGGAUCGAUCAGGUAAUGAUAGUAUACACUACGGGGUGGCGGUUGUCUCGGGAAUAGUAGAAUUAAUAUGAAAGUGACGCCGGUGUUGCAUUUACUUCUACUUUCCUACUUCUUCGUUUUUCUGUACGCUCUUACUUCUGAUACUCAACUCAUAUCACCUACUUAAUCUUUCCAAUUUUAAAAUACGUCAACGACUGCAGACUAACCAACUCCAUCCAAACUCUUAGGGACAUUAACACACAAACAAAACGAAAAAUAUCAUCCGGCAGCAAACCGCCUCUCUGUCCUGUGAUCAGGAUUUUUUGCAUCUCUAGUGGAGUAUGAUUUUUGAUUAUCUAAGGUUCGCAACAGGCUUGCUUCUACGUUUUGCAAUCUGCUACUGCGUGUAACAUAAAAAAUAGUAGAUGGGAACUAAGACCAAAAGAAUGCCUGCGCAUCUUCGCGAGCAUAGAAACUACGAGGAAAGGGAAACAUGUUCUAACGAAAACUUCGCCAGGUGCGGGACAUGCUCGAAGUUCAGUUCCCCGAAGACGCCGGUGCACUGGCCCACCCGGUUAGACCCGAGUCCUACGAAAAAAUCGACAACUUCUAUACCGCGACUGUGUAUGAAAAGGGCGCCGAGGUGAUUCGGAUGUACUACACCAUCCUAGGGGAGGCAGGUUUCAAGAAAGGCCUCGCGAAGUACUUUGAGCUGCAUGACGGAACCGCUGCUACGUGCGACGAUUUCUUGAAAUCGAUGGAGAUUGGAGGUGGAGCAGACCUCACUCUCUUCUCGAAGUGGCUCUCGACCAAGGGAACGCCGACGCUUGAUGUCAAGAAAGUUAGCGCAGAUGCUGGGAAAGCAGUGGAGUUGGUCUUUGAACAAGCGGGUGCAGGCUCUGCCGUCAAAGAAAUCCUCCACGUGCCGGUGGCGUACGGAUUGAUCAACGCAAAAACAGGCAAGGAAUUGCAGAAGACCGAAGUCUUCCACCUCAAGGAAAAAAAGGGCAGCGUCAGAAUUGUGGUAAGAAUUCAAACAGUGAUCUUCUUGUUUUCUGGUCGAAUCUACAAUUUCUGUACCAAAGCAACCUGGUAUUUAGAUGGUAAGCAGCUCGUAUACCUAGAUGAAGUAGGGUUUUUUACUGGGUUUCCUGUAUUCACCGAUACAAAAAGCAUUUGCAUAUUCUCAGUACAAUGAUCUAACAAAAAAAUCACAGCUGCCUGCUGGUGUCGCCUUCGACGACGUUGUUCCUUCGGUGAAUCGCGGCUUCGGCGCACCUGUGAAACUAGUGUACACUUUUACUCCGGAAGAGCUUGGCGCCCUUGCAGCAUACGACACCGAUAUGUAUUGCAAGUACUCAGCCUACGAGCAUCUGUGCUCCAAGGUGAUCUAUGAGGUUUACGGCAACGGCAAAGCAACUCCGAGUGCGGCUGCCGAAGCAAAGGCCUUCAAGGUCCUGGAAUCGUCGCUGAGCACCUUGCUUUCGUCCAAAAGUGAUGCAGAAAAUGCUGCUUUAGUUUUAGGCAAAACCAUUGGCCUUCCGGAUGCCAAGGGACUCUUGUUUGGGUACGGAAAAAAAGUCGACCCGAUUCUCUUAGCAGAUUCCGUUGACGCAGUCAGGGAAGCGUUGAUCAGCAAACUCGGAAGACAGAUGAGAGCAAAGUAUUGAUGCUUGAAAAUCUGUCUAUAAUAUUUCUACUAGCAUUGCUUUUUGUUUUUUCCUUCUAGUUAGGCUGGCUCCACCGAUAAUAAGAAUACUCAGUCGUACUCAAUUUCUUCAGCUCUUGCUACUUCAUCCUUUGACCUUAAGAUUAAAUUUCAUUCAUCACGGAGUAGAAGGCUCCUGCACUCUCGUUUCUCGUCUUCGUAAAAAAUAAUGAAAUCGUAAUCGAACUCCAUACAAUCAAACUCUUUUCUUCUUUCCCAAUACAAAGGUACGAGUCUACCCCUGGCUCUGGCGGGGACUUCUCUCUCACUCCGCAAGCGAUCGGGAACCGAUUGCUGAGAAAUACGCUUUUGGUGUUGUUGCAGGAUGGCGAUCUCGCACAAAAACAGUACUGGAGUGCCAAAACAAUGACAGAAAAAGUGGCCGCAUUCCGCGUCCUCGUUGAAGCGCAAGCAGACAGCAAACUCCCGACCGGAAAAAGGUACAGAAAAUCAAGUAGAUGACUCAUGACUAACCUUGUUGUUGUGAUUUUGUUUUACACUUUUAGUUUUUGUUCAACCUCACGUAUAUUAUAUAUAAGUAAGUAUAUUUCAUGAAAUUGAAAAUUGUAUCAUGAUGAGUUCUGGCAUGUUGUGAUCAUUGUUCACCUGCUAGUAUGUUGGCUUUCUCUUGUAACCACUUAUAGAUUAGAAGUAUGGCCGUUUUCUCUUCUAACCACUUAAGUAAAAUCGGAGACUGAACUCAAAUAAGAAUAACUACUUGCUCAAUGUGUUCACAGUGCUUCUGCCAACUCGGAUUUCUAUGAGUUUGCGAAGAAAAGCAACUCAGGACCGGUGAUGGACAAGUGGUUUUCUCUACAAGCCUGGUACACGCCGAACUUCAGCAACAUCCAAGAAUUGGUAAAACAUUCCGAUUUUAGCGUUUCAAAUCCGAAUCGAUUCCGGUCUGUUGUUAAGGGUAGGUUAGAGGUGCUUUUCUUACCGCUUUUUAUGCCUCUCCUAAGGGAGAAAGGCAUAAGAAGCGGGGUAAGCGAGCACCAAAAACCUACCUCUAAUGUUGUCGCCUCGGUUUUGCGAAACCCUAAGAUCUUCUACUCGGACGCCGGGAGAGACUUCGUGAAGGAUCAGAUUUUGGCUCUGGACAAGUUUGGGAAUGGACAAGUCGCCGCGAGAAUGUGCCGAGCCUUCGAAGUCAAAGCGCAGUUAUGAAUGAAGACUACUUAUAUCGACUACAUGGAGUGUAUUUGUUCACAACAUCAACUCAACAAAUCCUCGUCAUCAUCCACUUGAAGAUGAAGCGUUCUUUUCUUCUUCUUCAACAUCUACUGCCUACUUUUAGAAGUAUUCCGCAUCAGUUACAGUUUGGCCACUAGCUGCCUCUAACGCUGUUAUGAGCCUACGUAUGUUGUAUAAGGCUAACAUAUUAGAAAUAGAAUCUUCCAUCAAGUAGAAUACAUCAACGAAUACACUUUGUCGUACUAGAUUCUUCAUAACAAGUGACGCCGGAGUACGCAACCAAAAUCGACAAAGCGCUCAAGAGUAUGCUCACGGUACCGGAUCUGAAGUCGGAGACGAAAGAGAUUAUCACCAAGAUUUUGGGAUGAACAAGAAUGAGAGAGUCUUGUUGCGGACAUCGAAGGCGAUAGUUGUGCUUGUGAACAAUCCUUGACGAUUACCAUUAAUGGGAAAAGUGAUGCGUAGACGUUAUUUUAUCACUGAUGACCUGACCACGAUACAUAGCAUACACGUUAUGUGAUGAAGGAAAUGGAAAAGGAAUGUACUAAGCAACUGGUCUUGAGGGGUGAAAAUUCCUACUGUGAACUGCGUCGGGGGUCGUCGGAAUUACUAAUUGAGUGGUCAUGUUGUUCAACAUGCAUAGCCUUAGCCAUAGUUAGUCGAACUUCAACUUUUUAGAAUAAUAAAGCAGCUUUGUCUGCGCACUAGCAAGUGCAAGAAUGUCUACCCCUUCUUCUGGAAUGAAUGUACUAUGCUUUUUGAUGCGAUAAUAUCAAUAGAGAAUAUACACAACUGGUGUACUUGUUCUUCCCAUAAUCAUGUGACGAGGAGGAACAAUCAUGAAUAGACCUAGACGUCCACGGUGGAAAGAUUCUUGUGGUCAUCUCCAUCUCGCUGUCUUCUUGAAUGGUCGUCAGCUUUGUGUUUUAUGCUAUUGACUCUCUGGGCUAAUCUCCAGUCCCUCUUGUCGGACAUGAUUCAAUGUAUUGCUAUUCACUGUUGUAUCAGUUUGCUAUGGCUCUGGUGCAAGAUGUGUCACAAACGCUGGACAGGCUCGCA